GGCCAUACCGAUAUGCAUGUGAUGAACUUGCACGGGAUGAAGGCCGAGCCGUCGAGUCCAGUGCGCCCCCGCGCAGCUGAAGCGACAGACCGUGCUGCGUUACGCUAUUCGCCGCCCAGGCGCUCUAGCGAUAGCGCGAACAAGCUCCAGGCGUUCCACAUCGACGGCAACCCGGCCCUGGGGAAGCGGAAGCGAUUGCAGCACACGUCGUCGAUCGAUGCAAUGCCGCGCAUCAGCCCGAAAACGUCGACGAGCAACAACGAGGAAGACCGAUCCAUCUCGGUUCGAAUCAUCGAUCAACCUCCUCGUGUCUGGUACCGAGACCAGAAAGGCCGACGCACCGUGUUCUGCAUGACGGUCGGGAUCGUCGACCAGCUCGAACGAUUCAUGUCCGCCGACCACAUCACCGGCGGGUACUUUACAACGACGCUCUUGUACGAAAACGGCGUCGAAGUCGCGGACAAGCGCAUUGUCGAGCUGCGGAAAGGGGCGUUCUUCGACCCGCAUGCGUCGACCGUGACGAUGGAAAUCCGCAUCGCGGACAUCUCGAAAAACCACCAGAAUCAAAAGUUUCGCGUGCGGGUCCACUUCGUAUGGCCCAACGUGACGGUGGCGGCGGCCGUGUCCACCGCGAUCCAUGUGCUAUCCAAGCACGUCAAGAAGAGCUUACCGUUGGAAAUGCACCUGGUCAAGUCGCACCAGACCCCGUCCAGUGGGUCGAGCGACGACUUGAUGGCUGUGCGAACACCGCCUCUCAACACUCCGACGCCGCCUCUGUCCCCAGUAAACUCGACGUCGUCGCAGCCCAUGCCGCCGUCCCGACCACCGACCUGGACGAAUGACGCGGCAGCGCCAGUCAAAAUUGCAAAUCAAAUGUCCAUGUCGCGGUGGUGCACGGUUGCCCAUCGGGUACUCACGCAAAUCGAAUGGUCGCCGUACCCGAAUCCAAACGCGAGUCCUCCUACGUGCUCGUACAAGUGCCUGUGGUGCCAAGCCGUCGAGCCCGACAUCGCCACAGCCAAGCACGCGGAAUCGUGCAUGCUCAAGUAUCUGCUCAUGAUGAUCGCGACCGACGACACCGAGUCGGCGCUGCCGCCCCCAGCGCCUCUUCCAUCCGCCAGCGAAAUGCAACAGCGGCUCGCCACCACGAACGUGUACAAACCAGUGCCCCAUACGCUCUCGACCGUUCUCAAGGCAGACUCCAUGGCGUACCACGAUGAGAGCAGCCGCGACUUGACGCUGCUGUCCAUCGGGGACCUGUCGACAUUUGCCACAUCAGCCAAAUCGUCGACGUUUGACGAUGCACUCAUGCUCAAGAGCUUGAGCCAAGUGUCCGUCGCAGACUACGGCGCGCCAUCAUCGUGCCCCACCACCGCAGCCACGACAACGUUGGCCACCGACUCCACCUCCCACCGUCAUUACAUGGUGGAUUCCACCAUGCACGAUGCGCUGUCUCGGUUCACGGACUCGACCAUCUGCGCAAGCAACACGGAGGCGUCUGUGGUGGUCGUGGGGCUAUCCCCGCUUGAAGGCGACGGCGUGAGCGGGGGGCUUCCUGCAUUUGACGGCGACUGGCGUUUGGUCGGGGUGUACCACCACGGCCCGCCGCGAGGAGGCUUGCCACCACGGAGCGGGGCAGCGUGCGUAGGGCCGUCAUUGUGUUUUAUGCCGAUCCGCCACGACGACAUCGAGCUCGUAUGGGACGCUAAUGUUAACAUGGAAGACGAAGUGCGCCAGAUGAAAGAGGGCACAGCCGGGCGGCGGGCGACGGAACAGUACCUUGCGCUCGGAGAUCCGGGAAUUGGAACGCUCGACAAGCUGAAGGCUGCUGUGCUCCGUCGUAGCAUCCACUAACGAAUCCAAUACACAUGCCAUGUCCA